AUAAAGGUGCUGACUUCUUUCUUUUCUCUGCUGGGUCUUGCAGCUUUGAGGGUGUAUAUAAGAGAUAUAGUCCUUGACAGAACCAAUACCAUGAUUACCAUCCACCCAUGUGGGUGUGGCCGAAUGUUAGCAAGCUCCUCAGUGAGGUUCUGCGUUCGAUGCUCCGCAUGUGUAAAGAACCCCAUGGGGAGAGCUUUAACCUUAACCCCUCCCCGGCUCGGAGAGGUGACACUCCCUGCCACCUUUUUUCUAUCCAAAAAAAAGAACCAAUACCAUCCUAAAUUCUUUCAAUUCAGCCUCCUCACUCAUCCUCAACCAAACACCAUGGAUCUGAGCAAACCUCAAUUCGGAGCCUCUUCCUCUUCCUCUUCUUCUUCCACCCAUUCGUUCACACACGAUAUCUUUCUGAGCUUCAGAGGUCCGGAUACGCGCAACAAUUUCACAGGCCAUUUGCACAGCAAUUUGGUUAACAAGGGAUUUGAGACCUUCAUAGAUGAUGGGCUUCCGAAAGGAAAAGAUAUAUGGCAAGAGCUUCUCGAAGUAAUUGAGAGAUCAAAGAUUUCCGUAGUUGUAUUUUCUGCCAAAUAUGCAUAUUCUAAGUGGUGCUUGGAUGAACUUGUCAAGAUCAUUCAAUGUAAAGAAUCCAAGCAGCAAAUUGUUUACCCAAUUUUCUACAAGGUAGAUCCGGCGGAUAUACGAUACCAGAAGGGCCAGAUUGGUAAGGGAAUUGCUCACCUUAGCAAACGCAAGAAUAACUUAGAGAAGGUGGACAGUUGGAAGGCAGCUCUUACAGAAGCAGCAACUUUGUCUGGGUGGCACAUCCCGAAUAGAGGGCAUGAAGCGAAUAUCAUUGAUGACAUUGUUGAAAAGAUAUCAACCGAAAUAAUGAAAUGCACCCCUUUAAAUGUGGCAACAUAUCCUGUUGGAAUUAAAUCUCGUGUAGAAGACAUACUUGAGUACUUAAAUAUAGGGCAAGACAAUCCUCACAUGGUAGGGAUAUGGGGAAUUGGCGGAAUAGGAAAGUCAACACUUGCAAAAGCUGUUUAUAAUUCAAUUAGCCAUGAGUUUGAACACAGCUGUUUCUUGAGUAUUGUUAAAGAACCAUCAUUUUCAGAUGGAGGUCUUGUCCAGCCACAAAACGAUUUUCUUUCUAAAAUAGAGAGGAAUCCACUUAAGGUGACCAAUGUUGAUGAAGGAAUCAUUGUGCUGAAGCAAAAACUAAGCCAGAAAAGGGUUCUCUUAGUUCUUGAUAAUGUGAACCACUUGGAUCAGUUAAGAGCACUUGCUGGAGGGUGUGAUUGGUUUGGUCCAAGUAGUAGAAUUAUCAUAACAACAAGAGAUACAAAUUUGCUAAAUGCUCAUGGAGUCGAUUUCGAUUCAAUAUAUGAGGUCAAGGAAUUAAAUCAUCAAGAUGCUUUAAAGCUCUUCAAUUUAAAUGCCUUCAAAAGUGAUAUAUGUCCGAAUGACUUUUUUGCACUUGCAAUUGAGGUAAUACAUUAUGCUAAAGGGAUUCCAUUAGUUUUAGAAGUUUUGGGGUCAAAUCUAUGUGGUAAAGAUAAGGAUGAGUGGGAAGCUGCAGUAGCGUAUUACAAGAGAUAUCCUAACCGAGAUAUUCAAAGAACUCUCCAAAGAAGUUACGAUGGAUUGGAGGAUCGGAUAAAAGAAGUUUUUCUUCAUAUUGCAUGUUUCUUUAAAGGUGAUGAAGAAAGCUAUGUGAUUGAUGUACUGCAAAGCUGUGACAUGAAUCCCAAACAUGCUCUCGGAGUCCUCGUAGAAAAGGCCUUAAUAAAAAUUGAGAAAAAUAAUAGCAUUUGGAGGCAUAAAGAAAAUAGCAUUGGGAUGCAUGACCUUUUAGAAGACAUGGGAAAAGAAAUUGUUCGACAAGAGUCUCCUAAUGAGAAAGGACAACGCAGUAGACUAUGGCUAUAUGAUGAUGUUCGCUAUGUCCUUGAGCAAAAUACCGGAACGGAGAAAAUCAAAGGCAUCAUGGUAAGACGUGGCUAUUCACACCCGAUAACGUUGAACGCCGGAAGCUUCACAAACUUGAAAAAUCUUCAAAUUUUUAAAGUCGUUGAUCUGACAUUUCGUGGAGAUGGCGUGGAUUAUCUCCCCGACAAGUUGAGGGUGCUUCACUUGAUGACGUGUUCAUUACGAUCAUUGCCAACGAAUUUUAAUCUGAGGGAACUCAGUAUGCCGAGCAUGGGUGGGCCCUGCACGACUCCACUAGUGAACGAGGGAUUGAAGAAUCUGCGAUAUUUGAAAUCUCUCAAAUUGUCGGGCUGUGAUGGUCUAACCAGAAUUCCCGACUUGUCUGGAUUAACAAGCUUACAGUAUUUGGAGCUGUCUUGGUGUAGAGAUUUAGUUGAAGUUCAUCCUUCGGUUGGCCGUCUCGAUAAGCUCGUCUAUUUGGAACUCACCCAUUGUGAAAAGCUCCAGAUGUUUCAAGAGAGGAUCAACUUGAAAUCUUUGGAAACUCUGGUUCUCUCUGAUUGCCCUAAUCUUAAGUUCUUCCCUGAAAUUGCGGGAGACAUGAAGUCUUUGAAUCGCCUGGAUCUAACAGACAUUGCCAUCAAGGAGUUACCUUGCUCAGUUGGAAAUCUCACUGGCCUUAAAUCCUUGUCUCUAUAUAUGUGUCCUAAUCUUACGGAUAUACCAUCGAGCAUUUUCUAUGGAUUGCAACGUCUGGAGGUUCUUGAUCUGUGGUACUGCGAUAACCUUGUUACAUUUCCAACAAAGUCAGAAUCACUUCCUCCUCCACCGGUCUUUUCAACUAACCUCCCGAGAUUACAAGUUCAUCUGAGCGGUUGCUUCCGGCUUGAAGAAAUUUCAGAAUUUCCGCGAGAAAUAGAUUCCUUGAUUGUGCGUUGGUGUGGGUCAUUGGAAAGAAUUUCAAAGUUGUCAAAAAUUUUGGAGGGUAAAGAUUCAAAAAUGUUCGGUCGGUUGGCCUUGACUGACUGCCGGACGCUCUGUGACAAUCUGGCUCGCGGAGUGGUGCCAGAGGUUGAAGUUGACAAAGAACUGAUAGCAGAUGAAGACAAAUUGACGGCUCUGUUGACUCUUUUUUUCUCUUGUCCGAAAUCUGAAGAAUUCCAAGUAGAAUUUUCCCCAAGUGCUCUGAUUCCGAUUCCGAUUCCAAACUGGUUCACCUGCGGUCAGGAUGUGAGAUGGGAUGUGAAUAGUGAAGUGAUAAAUGAAGAGCAUGAGUUUUGCAUUGAAAUUCCUCAAAACUCCAAUUGGGACAACAAAGGGUUGGCUCUCUAUAUUCUAUCAUGUUCUUUUGUGACCGCUCAUCAUUUUGUUUACAUCAAUGGAAUAAAGUUUGAUGAGAAAAGAACGUUUGGGUAUGAUGAAGUCUGGGUGCAUUAUAUUCCAUUCGUUACGGUAAUAAGGAGGUUGAGUGAGUGUGGGAUGCCGCCACCUGAUAUGCUUCGAGUUAUGUUUCGUCUUAAAGAAAAUUAUCAUAAAAGAGGAGUGCAUAUGGGGGGAAGCUGGGGAGUCCACCUGAUAGAAGGCUGAUGAUAGUCCAGCUGAUUUCCAGUAGGUUCAUUAUCUUUCUCCUACUAUAUAUCAUUCUCAAAAUCAAAAUCAUAUUUGAAUCAGAAACGCAUUCUGUUGUCCAGGUACAAAGCACGCACUUACCUCGGAAGAACUACUCCUUUGAAAAGUGUUAAAACAACUAAUGCACAUUGGAGUUCUCUAAAUCUUUCUCUAACUAUCUAGAUUAGUCUAGAACUUGUUCAAGUACUGGGUCUAGAUUAAUCCAUAAUGAUCAUGUAAUCAAAUGUCUAGAGAGUUCUAGUGUUGCUCACUAAUGUGUGGUUAUUAAUUAACCACAUGAGGAAAGUCGGUGAACCAAGUCGGUUGACUUGGCCUAUAUAUAUGUACUAAGCUUUGUGCAAUUAAGAAUGAAUCAUCAAUUAUCACAACUCCUCUGUUUUACAACCAUCUCCUCUGUUUCUAACUUUAGCACCUCCUCUACUUCUAGUCCUAGCUCACCUAGCUCCUAAACAUCUUUUCCUAAACACAUUGUCCUAGCCCACUACUACUAAAGCUUCCGCACCAAAUUCCAACAGUGGUAUCAAAACCACAAAUUCUAACAGUGGUAUCAGAGCUUGCUUCGAUCAAAUUUGGGGCGUUGAUUUGUGUCUUCCACCAUGUCUACCUCCACUUCUAACCAAACAUCAAUCCCUCUUCCCAUUUUCAAGGGAGAAAACUAUGAUUUUUGGAGUAUCAAGAUGAGAACCUUCUUUAUGUCUCAAGAUCUAUGGGACAUAGUAGAGAAAGGAUUCUCGACUCCAGAAAAUCCAACGGUGGAGCAAUUACGGCAAGAAAAGAAAGAAAAAUUAAGAGAUGCUAGUGCUCUCUUCGCCAUUCAACAAGCAGUGGACGAUACAAAUUUUUCAAGAAUCAUGGGAGCUACCACAUCAAAAGAAGCUUGGGAUCUACUAAAGGAGGAGUUUCAAGGGACGGCAAAGGUACGUUCCGUUAAACUACAAACAAUGAGGAGAGAGUUAGAAAAUUUGAAAAUGAAAGAUUCUGAGAUCGUAAAAGAUUACUAUUCCCGGUUAAAGGAAAUAGUAAAUCAAUUAAGAGCCUAUGGUGAAAAUAUUAGUGAGACUAGAGUAGUUGAAAAAAUACUCAUUAGCCUCACUGAAAAAUAUGACCCAAUAGUUACUGCCAUCGAAAAUUCUAAAGACAUGACAACUCUUUCGGUGACAGAACUAAUAGGCUCUUUAGAAGCUUAUGAGAAAAGAUUGAGUAGUCGGAAUGAAAGUCUUAUAGAAACUGCAUUCCGAUCUAAACUCAAUAUUCGAUCUCAGAAAAAUGAAAAAGAAAAGAAGUUUGAAGAAUUUUCUAGAGGAGGAGAUAGACCCAAAUAUUGGGCAAAUAAAAAAGAUAUAAAGGAGAAAAGAAAUUAUUCUCCAUGUGGAAUCUGCCACAAAAAUAAUCAUCAAGAAAAAGAUUGUUGGUUUCGGGAAAAACCAAAAUGUCGAAACUGCAACAAAUUUGGUCAUAUUGAGGAAAAUUGUUUCCUCAAGAAAAAUCACCGAGCAGAUUUUUCAGAAGAAAAUGAGCAAGAUGAGCAGCUCUUCUAUGCAUGUCACUCGGCGAUUGAAGAGAGAAAUAAGAAGUGGUACGUGGAUAGCGGCUGCAGCAAUCAUAUGUCUGGAGAUAAAACCAUUUUCUCCAAACUUGAUACUUCACAAAAGUCUCAAGUGAAACUAGGAAAUGGAGAAAUGGUGAAAACUAAAGGCAAAGGUACGAUUUCCAUCCCGACUAAUUUAGGAACUAAAAAGAUUAAUGAUGUUCUAUUAGUUCCUAGCCUGGAGCAUAAUCUCCUAAGUGUCGGACAAAUGCUGGAAAAUGGUUAUGCUAUAUUAUUUCAUGGAGACUUCUGCAAAAUAUUUGACAAGAAAAGAAGGUUGAUAUUCAAAAUAAGGAUGAAAAAUAGAAAUUUCCCCAUCCAAUGGCAACAAAUGGCCAUGAAAGCAGAAGUCAAGAAGAAAAAUAUUUGCCUAGUGAAAAAGCAGCCGAGGACUCUACCACGUCAAGCAAAUAAAGAAAGGAGUUCAAAUCCUCCACAACCAAAAAGUUGUGAAGUUGCGAUGAAGAAGAAAGCCAGAGAAAGGCUAUGGAAGAAGAAAGCUGAAGGAAGGCCAUGGAAAAAGAAAACAAGAGUGAGAACACCUUCGCCAAGGCACUUCCAAGAUCAAGACUUGAAUUACUACGAGAUUGCUCGGAAUAUCAUCAAUGUGCAUUAAGGAGGAGUGUUAAAACAACUAAUGCACAUUGGAGUUCUCUAAAUCUUUCUCUAACUAUCUAGAUUAGUCUAGAACUUGUUCAAGUACUGGGUCUAGAUUAAUCCAUAAUGAUCAUGUAAUCAAAUGUCUAGAGAGUUCUAGUGUUGCUCACUAAUGUGUGGUUAUUAAUUAACCACAUGAGGAAAGUCGGUGAACCAAGUCGGUUGACUUGGCCUAUAUAUAUGUACUAAGCUUUGUGCAAUUAAGAAUGAAUCAUCAAUUAUCACAA